AUGGUUCUCCUGUCAAUCCUCUGCCUCAGGAUCGCUCCUCACGCUGGCCCUAUGAGUUCUCGCGCCCUCAUCCAAUCUUUGGCCCUCCUUUGGCCUUCUCCCAUGCAAACUCUCAAGUCACCCUUCUAUUUGCUAGACACCUUGCAGAAUGGGCCAACGCCUGAUCUCGCAAGAACAAUUGGGAUGAUCCCCUGGGCCUGCAAGAGUUCAAGACCAAACGUUUGCCGUACAGCUCUCCUGUGUCUCAAAGCUCUGCAAGAAAUACAAGAGAUUUCACAUAUCCCCAUUAUCAUGCUUACGGCGAAGCUGUAUUUCAAUGCCGUCAUUGCGGAAGGGCAAGCUCCUGAAGCAUCCGAAAGCAACCAUGAAUUCAUCAGAAAGUUGGAUAAUAUUUGUGAAAUUAAAUGUGUAGAUUAA